AUGUCAGGUGUCGAUGCAUCAUUUUCAAUUAAUGACAUUGAGCUAAUUGAUACUUUCAGUAAGUUUGAAACAGUGCGUUAUAUCUUCUACUUAUUCCUUUUUGCAGCAAGAAGGCACACACAUCUUCAACCAUUACUGUUGCACCAAUACCCCAAUAAAACUCUUAUCUACUAUGGGUACAUCGGGUGUGCCCCGAUGUAUCCUUCUGUUGCGAUAUCACUUUGCACACUCUCCGCCUACCGUCAAUCACAUCGAACAUGUCCCCGGUUUAGUAUCCAAUCACAAUGCAAAACUUUGUGUUACCUUCAUGAUGUUCCAUAUCGACCAUACCUAAGAACACAAUUCUCCGCAGCCUAUGACACUUUUCUAGAAAUCAUUCAUCGUGUGAAGCAGCGUCUGCGGGGCACGCUCAAACAGGAUACCGUCAACUGGUGUCUGCUAAACUCAUGCCCUGCAGGCUGUUAUAAGCUUGAUGAUGAGCCCGCACUCGAUUUUGAAUGGUUGGUAUCCAUUGAUGGUAAUAAUAGCCUCAAGCGAUGGGACUCAACCAUUUAUGGGACAACUGCCCAAUCUGAUUCUUGCAAUGCCCGUUCGGAUUAUUGGAUUCACGUGACCGCUGUUGACAAGUUUAAGGAUGAAGUCAAAUCCCGACAAGUAAGUGUCUGCUAUUUAUACAACUAUGUUCUAACAUUAUCUUUUAGACAGACUCAAAGAGUGAUGAUGACUGGCAGGACGAGUCCACAGACACAAAUCUUCCAGGAGCAUUCUUGUGUGUGA